AUGGCUCUCACAGGUCUUCGUAGUCACUAUCCAGAAAUUGAGCCGUAUGAUUCAGGGUUUUUGAAAGUUUCGGAUGUUCAUGAAUUGUACUACGAGCAGUGUGGAAAUCCCAAUGGGAAUCCCGUCGUCUAUUUACAUGGAGGUCCUGGAGGGGGCAUAGGACCAAUUGACAGACAAAUGUAUGAUCCUAAUGCUUACAGAAUUGUUCUUUUUGAUCAAAGAGGUUCUGGUAACUCUAAACCACCAGCUGAGCUCAAGGAUAACACUACAUGGCAUCUGGUGCAAGACAUUGAGGAGCUGAGAAAGCACUUGAAGAUUGAAAAGUGGGUAGUGUUUGGGGGUAGUUGGGGCUCAACACUCUCUCUCAUUUAUGCUCAGUGCCAUCCUAACAGUGUUAAAGCUCUUAUCCUCAGAGGCAUAUUUGCAUUGAGAAGGAAAGAACUGACGUGGUACUACCAAGAUGGUGCUAACAGGCUGUUCCCUGAUUUUUGGGAAAACUUUCUACAGCCAAUUCCACUGGUUGAGAGAGCUGAUCUGAUAAGUGCCUACCACCGAAGGUUAACUGGAGAUGACAUGAAAGCCAAACUCGAAUGUGCCAGGAGAUGGAGUGAAUGGGAAAUGGCAACAUCCAGGUUGAUAGUGGACAAAAAUCUUUUAAGUCGCACAGACUCUGAUACUUGGGUUCUCCAGUUUGCAAGGAUCGAAUCCCAUUACUUUGCCCAUGGAGGAUUUUUCCACUCAGAAAAUCAAGUUUUGGAUAACGUAGAAAAAAUUCGUCACAUUCCGUGCACAAUCAUUCAGGGUCGUUAUGACGUUGUCUGUCCCAUGGAUACUGCAUGGGAAUUGCACAAGAGGUGGCCUGAAGCCGAAUUUAAACUUAUCCAUGAUGCUGGACAUUCUGCUAAAGAAGUGGGCGUUGUAUCAGCCUUGAUUGAAGCUACUGAUAAAUAUAAAACAUUGUAA